AUGUUCGGCCGCGCCCCCAAGAAGAGCGACAACACCAAGUACUACGAGGUGCUCGGGGUGCCCAAGAACGCCGCCCAGGACGACCUCAAGAAGGCCUACCGCAAGGCCGCCAUCAAGAACCACCCCGACAAGGGCGGAGACCCCGAGAAGUUCAAGGAGCUGGCACAAGCCUAUGAGGUUUUGAGUGACCCUGAGAAGCGUGAGAUCUAUGAUCAGUAUGGCGAAGAUGCUCUCAAGGAGGGAAUGGGUGGAGGAGGAGGUGGUGGAGUUGAUCCAUUUGACAUCUUCUCAUCAUUUUUCGGGCCCUCUUUUGGAGGUGGUGGUGGUGGCAGCAGCAGGGGCAGAAGGCAAAGGAGGGGAGAGGAUGUUGUCCAUCCACUUAAAGCUUCUCUAGAAGAUCUUUACAAUGGUACUUCGAAGAAGCUCUCUCUUUCCCGCAGCGUCCUCUGCUCCAAGUGCAAGGGCAAGGGCUCCAAGUCUGGUGCUUCCAUGAGGUGCCCAGGUUGCCAGGGUUCAGGCAUGAAAGUGACUAUUCGUCAGCUGGGGCCUUCCAUGAUACAGCAGAUGCAGCAGGCCUGCAAUGAUUGCAAGGGCACCGGGGAGAGUAUUAAUGACAAGGAUCGCUGCCCAGGCUGCAAGGGUGAGAAGGUUCUUCAGGAGAAGAAAGUUCUGGAGGUUCACGUUGAGAAGGGGAUGCAACACAACCAGAAGAUCACCUUCCCUGGUGAAGCUGAUGAGGCGCCUGACACUGUUACUGGAGACAUUGUAUUUGUCGUCCAGCAGAAGGAACACCCGAAGUUCAAGCGAAAGGGCGAUGAUCUCUUCUAUGAGCAUACCAUAUCUCUCACUGAAGCUCUUUGUGGGUUCCAACUCGUCCUGACCCAUCUGGACAACAGGCAGCUGCUCAUUAAAUCAAACCCUGGUGAAAUUGUCAAGCCUGAUUCAUUCAAGGCAAUCAGCGACGAGGGAAUGCCGAUGUACCAGAGGCCGUUCAUGAAGGGCAAGCUCUACAUUCAUUUCACAGUGGAAUUCCCCGACUCGCUGGCACCGGAUCAGUGCAAGGCUCUCGAGGCUGUGCUUCCACCAAAGCCUGCAUCCAAGCUGACCGACAUGGAGCUUGACGAAUGCGAGGAGACGACGAUGCAUGAUGUCAACAUGGAGGAGGAGAUGCGCAGGAAAGCCCAUGCUGCUGCUCAGGAGGCGUACGACGAGGACGACGAGAUGCCUGGAGGCGGUGCCCAAAGAGUGCAGUGCGCACAACAGUAA